AUGUUUAGCAAUCAGGCACUAAAUGUGGACGCGACCGAGACUGACAAAGCUGGCCCCUCUCCGGCUGACCACCUUGCCGACCCUGUUGGCUUUUUGGUCAGAUCUGAUGACGACUUGGCGGACGAUGCCUCUUCUGCCGAUGCUGAUCCUUCCGAUGCUGACGUAGGUAGCGACCAAGUGCGUAAUGUGGAAACUGCCGAGUCUGAACAAGCCGGCCCCACUCCAGCUGACCACCUUGCCGACCCUGUUGGCUUUUUGGUCGGAUCUGAUGACGCCCUGGCGGACGGUGCCUCUUCUGCCGAUUCUGAUCCCGCCGAUGCUGACGUGGGUAGUGAUUAA